AUGUGGGCUUCAGUGGAAUCUUUUAAAAAAGGAGCACUCAGGAAACAAUUAGUUAACCUUGCUUCUAGGCAAAAGAGUCUGUUGACUAUUGCCCAAAACCAAGAAGAAUUAGUCCAGAAAAUACAAAAUUACAGAAAAACAAAGCAAACAUUCAGUGUAUUAUGUUCAGAGAAGCAAAUAUCAACCUUAGUUAUUUCCUGUGGAAAUGAUAAGAGACAAAGUUUAACUGCUGAUGAAAUCAUAUGUCCUGAUGUAGUUACAUUUAGUAUGAGGCUUGGUGCCAGCAUGCCUAAUGGGAACACAGUAGAAGCAGAUCUCUCUUUAGAAAAUGGAUUUUCAGCUCAGGAAUGCAGCCAACAUCCACACAUCUGCUUGGGUGAGACAGGAGCAAAUAAAGAAGCAAUUAGAAGCAAAGAGGCUUCUGAUCAUGCUUUGGCAUCCGAAAACAGGGUAAGAGAAUAUCCUUUCAACAACAUGUCAAGGCUGACAAAUGCUGUACAAGUGGUGACAUUGCCUUCAGAGUCUACUGUUUCCACUGCUAAAACAAAGUGCUCACAGCAAAAAGACAUUGAUUUUAUACCAAUCACAGAACAAGGAAACAAGUCUCUAAAUCCCACUUUUGUGACCAAUGCAUUAAACAUUGUAGAACCCCAAAGCACUGCCGUCAAUGACUGUCAACCAGGCAGUGACCGCCAGCAGGUUCUUACAGAUGAGGAUCUACUCAGACAUGUAAAUAAGAAAGAAGCUUUCCAGCAUCAGCAGCAGCAGCAAGUAAUUUUGUCAACACGUAGAGAUAACUUCCCUGAUACUCUACAGCAAAUGGUCCUUCAGAGUAGUGAGAACUCACUGAAUGCCAACUCGGUGCUUACAAAUCUUACUUCAAAUGCAGAUUAUCCAGUAAACUUCAGUGAGAAAUCUUCCCAGAGCUGUAGUAACCAAGAAUGUGAACAAAAACAAGUGAAGUAUAGAAGAAAAAGUAGGAAAAAGCUUCAGUUGAUAGAUCUACUUGAGUUGGGAAGGAUUAAGCCAGGAGAAAAUGUUUUAGAAUUCAAACUGCAGCAUGUGGCCAGUGAGCCUUGCGAAAUCAGGCCUUUGAGUCCUCCAAAAUCAUCAACAGAUGUGAGUAAUCGCGAAAUCUGUCCUGAGAGGCGCCCCAGCCCAGGGGGAGAUACUGGGUCACAUAGCCCGCUGCGGUCCCAGAUUGCUCAAAAGGUCUCCCUCUAUGUUGCUAGUUGUAGGGUCGAGAUGAUUGUCUUUGGUCAAUAUUUUACAUUCUGGCCACAAUUCUGGUACACAAAUCAGGCAGAAGAUAGCCCAGGUGUGGACAGAGAUUGCCUGGUGCCCAAGUCAUUAUGA